AUGAACGGGCUUGCUGCAGUCCUUGUGUUGCUGGGAGUCUUCUGGACUCAGGCUUCGGCACUGGACACCUUUCACCUGCAAGAUCCUCAAAAUGACUAUGUCACUGGAACGAUGACUAUCGACAAUGAUAGCAAGAUUGCUGAAGUCCACGUCCGUUCUGGCCUGUACUCCUCUGACACCAUUUUUGACUACUCACAUGGGUACAUUGCAACGAGGCUGUUCUCACGAAAUGCCUGCUUCAUCAUGAAGAUCAACAAGGCUGACAUCCCAGAGCUGGAAGAACUCGGACGCCAGGCCUUUGAGAGAAUGGCUAUGAAGACAGUGUACUCUCCAGACAAUGUGUGGGUACAGUUCCAACCUGGCAAUUCCAUGUUUGGGAGUAUCAGAGACUGGCUUGUCUAUGGUAAACCCAUUGAGCAGCUCUGCUCGGGUCUGCCUCUCUACCAGCUUGAAAAGACUCAACCACUACUGAAUACCAACAACUGUGCCAGUGCAGGAAUUCCAAGCAUUUUGGGCAUGCAGAUCUGUGAAAGAAUCAAUUAG